AUGCGGAUCACGGUUUGGAACAUUAACGGUUUACGGACCCUCAAAGGCUACCAGCCAUGGUACAAGCUGCCGGAUUGGGAGGCGUGCCUAGAACACCUGGGUGCCGACAUAGCGUGCUUCCAAGAAACUAAAAUGACACGCAAGCAGCUCACGGAACCCAUGUGCAUCCUCCCGUCCUACAACGCCUUCUUCAACUUCCAUCCAACCAAAGGCUACUCCGGCACCGUCACAUACGUCAAGAAGAGCGUCUCGAUCCCACUCAAAGCUGAACAGGGCAUCACCGGUCGUUUGCCCGUCACGAAUGUCUCCACCAACCCAUCGAUACCCAACGAGCCGAUUGGCUGCAUUCCGGCGGACACUCGAGAUGAUGCAGAACCCCAGAUAUGGAAUGCUCUCGACGAAGAGGGGAGAUGCGUGGUACUCGAUCUGGGCCUGUUUGUUCUCUUCAAUGUUUACUGCCCGAACGAGACAGGACCGGAACGACUUGAUUAUAAAAUGACCUACUAUCAAGGACUCGCCGAGCGCGCACACCGCCUCAUUCAAGCAGGUCGUCAAGUCAUGAUCGUAGGCGACAUGAACAUCAUCCGUGACCCCAUCGACCACUGCGAUCCGGAACAAAGCAUGAAGGAGCACGGCUGGGACCACUUCCAUCAGCAUCCGGCCCGGUCUUGGUUCCAAACUUUCUUGGCACCGCAGGGCAAGUUCCACGACGUCGGUCGAAUGUAUCACUCUCAGAGAAAGAAGAUGUUCACCUGCUGGAACACCCUCAUCGACGCAAGGCCGGCCAAUUAUGGCGUACGGCUUGACUAUACUCUGGUGACGGAAGGGUUGUUGCCGUGGAUCAAAGGCGCGGAUAUCCAGCCGGACGUGUAUGGCAGUGAUCACUGUCCGAUUUACAUCGACUUCUACGAUGAAAGGGAGAUCGACGGCAAGGUAGUAAAGCUUGCCGAUCUCAUGCAUGGUGGAGUGGACCGCCUUCCUCCAGCACUGGCUGCCUGUCACUACGACGAGUUUUCUGGAAAGCAGAGAAAGCUGGCGUCUUUCUUUGGCACUUCCAGGAAACCAGCGCCGGUAGGAAAGAGUCCCAGUCCGGUAGCCAACUUCUUUGCAGAUCAAGGAAGAUCGUCUGUUGCUAUCACGGGCUCCAACGUGAUAAUUUCGAAUGAAGCCUGCAUCACAGGAGGCCCGGAUGUUGGGACUAACCUAUCGUUAUCUUCGACAACAGAGAUGGAGAGCGAAGGAAGCUCGCUUGCUGAUGCCCUCUUUUCACUACAUUCACAGCAGGAGGGUCUCAACAUCGAAGGCGAGGCGCCGCGUCCCAAUGCCACCGUUGUCGGAACGACCCCAUCGAAUUUGGCGGUGGGGUCGGCGCCCUCAGCGCCUGAAUCUGUUCAUCCAACAGCUGCUUCGACACCGUCACCCACCAAGAAUGCUCCAAGUCAACCCUCUCCGAUUGGCAGACGGGGCGCGGCUCCUCUCAAGCGAGCAACCUCGGCGACCAAGGGCAAAGACCUCAGCAAAGCAAAGAAUGGAGCGAGUCUCCGAGGGCAAACCAGUCUGCAGUCAUUUUUCGCAAAGCCAAAGAGCACACCCCCUACGCCGUCCAUCGAGCCUGCGAAAGUGAUAGAUCUCUCUCAAGAGACUUACGACCCAACAGCAGCGGCCUCUGCCGUCGAAGAGGCUGUCAAGAAUGCCGAUGGCACAAUAGCGAGCAGUGCGCAUAACACUUACGAUUCAGCCGCGCCAUUCGACGAUACCGAAGACGCCAUCUCCGACUUCCACGAAACCGCCAACGCCUCGCCGACGUCCCAACGCACCGCGCAACCGUCAGAGCAAUCGGCCGCUGAUCGUGUAGGAGCCUCACUCGCGUGGGGGGCCAUCUUCAGCCCGGCGCCCGCCCCGCUCUGUCGCAACCAUUCGGAAGCAUGUCGUGCAUGGACGGUCAACAAGCCUGGUCCCAACCACGGGCGCAAAUUCUGGCUGUGCAAUCGACCUGUUGGUCCUGGGUACGAGAAGUCCGGGCGCGCCAAGGGCGAUGUCAAUCCGGAGUACCGGUGCAACUUUUUCGUGUGGGACUCUGAUCUGCGGUCUAAGAAGGGCAAAGCGGGCGAGGGAGCAGGAGGGGAGGGCAAAUUUUUCGCCGAGGUCGGUAGGGAGAGGGGUCGGAAGGGUGGGAGGGUGGGCGAGCAGGUUGAUGGGGAAGAGCUGGGUGGGCCGUGGGGGCCGCACAAACGCAUCAAGACGGGAGACGCCUCGUAG